AUGGAUAUGCUCCCAGUACAACAACAACCACAAUCACAACAGCCUCAACCUCCAGUCUCUCCUACAAUCCCCAAACAACCCAGAACUUCUGCAUCCAGGUCUAAAAAGGCUACAAAGUCUGAUGAAAACCCCUCUACUCAGAAGACCAGAACCUCUGUUGCAACACAAGUUCUGAAGACAAAGUCUGAUAAACCAGCAAACUCUGAUGCUGUAAACUUUGAUGCCCUCAACACUGAUACUUUAAACUCUGAAGCAGCUUCUCCUCAAAAGCAGAAGAGAAGGAGACUGGAAGAGCAAGCACCAUCCAGUUCACUUCUUGAUGUAUCACAAGCUCUGAUGGUGCAUCCUCUACAAGCUGUUCCAAUCUCUGCUGCCACAGCAUCCUCUACUUCAUCUGAAGUAGAUGAGGAAAUUGUAUGCAAGGAUCAAACUACAACUGAAGCUGAGACACCACUGUCUGACUCUCAUAUUCCAAUAUCUGAUCAUGGACCCUCCACUCCAAUUCCUCAUUCUCCAAUGAAAAUUCCUGAGGGUGCCAUUGUUCAUGAUACAGCUCCAGAACACUACAAGUCUGAUGUAGUUGAAGAACCUGAUAAGGUAGCAGUGGAAGCACUACAAUCCCUUGCUACGGCUGAUGAAGAGCCUAGCAAAUCAAAAGUUGAUGAUCAAGAAAAAUCUAUUCAAGAACCUGUUGAGAAAAUUGCUAAUCCUGCAUUUGAUAAUGAUGAGGAUGAUGACAGUUCAGAUGAUGACAGAGCCCAAAUCGAGAGCCAUCACAGCGAGAACCACCCUCACACAGCGCCAGAGACCGAGAACCGCGUCAAAAUAGCAUCCACAACAGCAGAGCUACCCCAGAGCAGAAGAGAGGCAGAACCCAACAACCAACUCAGCGAGUUGACUCACAACAGUGAACAAAACAAGAAGAUCCAAGCAAGAUACCCAGGCAGCAGGAGGGUGCUCGAGGAACACCAAAACCGCUCAGAAGAUGCUCGAAGAGCGCCUAGAGAGUUCCCACAUGCUGAGUCGACUCACAACAGACCAAGAAACAUGUUAGCAGGAGCUCACCAGAACCCACCAGGUGCCCAAACACCAGAAACCAGCAAAAACUUGAGGAACACCAAGAAUGCUCGAGAGAUGCUCGAUGAGCGCCAAGAAAGCGCCCAGCGACUCAAGAGAUCCCAACAGGUGCACAGGCGCCCCAGGAACACCAAGAAUGCUCGGGAGAUGCUCGAUGCUCGAAGAACACCAAGAACGCUCCAGAGAUGCUCGAUGCGCGAGGAACACCAAGAAUGCUCGAGAGAUGCUCAAUCUGAGUAG